AUGUCUUUUUUUUAUCCGAAUUUACCCUUUAUUCAUGAGACUGAUAGUUGGUAUAAAAGUCCUGACGAAAAAAAUACCACAGAAGACCCCUCUAACGGUGUAGCUUGUAAAAACAAGAAAAACAAACGCGUUCCAUGGUCUGAAUACGAAGAUAGACUUCUUUGCGAGCUAGUUGCCAAGUAUGGAGAAAAGAAGUGGAAAAUGAUUGCUGAACACAUUCCUGGUCGCACUGGUAAACAGUGCCGUCAGCGAUGGUUCUACAAUCUCAUUCCCGGUCUUUCCAAAGCCCGCUGGACGGAAGCGGAGGACCUUCUCCUCCGCUCUCUGCACGACCUUCUCGGCAACCGCUGGGCGCAGAUCCGCCGCUAUCUCCCCGGGCGAUCGGAGAACGACGUGAAGAACCACUUCCACUGCCUUUCCAACCGGCUCCGCAAACAAGCCGCCUCGCCUUCUUCUUCUUCUUCUCCCUCUUCUGCUUCUACGGCUGUUUUCCCUUCGCUCCCUUCUUCAGCUACUACUCCUUCUGCCUCUUCUUCUUCUUCUAUUUUCCCUUCUUCUCCUUCUUUUUCAACUUCUGCUUCAUCUUCUUCUAUUUUCCCUUCUCCUUCUUCUCCUUCUUUCCCUUCUCCUUCUUCUUUCCCUUCUCCUUCUUCUGCUUCUGCUUCUGCUUCAUCCAUUUUCCCUUCUCUCCCCUCCACCGACCUUUUUCCCUCUGCUGGACCCGUCUUUUACCCCCUGUUUCAGCACGACCUUCCCCUCCCCGACCUCGAUGACCUUGCAGAGCUCCCGCUCCCCCUCACGCCCCCCUCCCCCGAGGCCCCCGAGACCAGCGAAACCGACCUCCCCGCCACCAUCGAUUCCCCGCGGGGAGCCGAGUCCGUUUCCACGGUUUCCACGUUUUCCACGGCGCUGAUGGACUCGGCGCAGUCUUCUUUCUCGGAAGGCGCAGCGAACGCUGCGGGGGGCGAGGAGAUGUGCGACUCGAGCGAUUGGGCGUCCUACGAUCUGUGA